AUGGUGUCUCAAAAGCUAGAGAUCUGCAUCGAAUUAGUGAAGAUUGGCGUCGGUUUUGUCGCCACCGUGGCUAAUACAGUAGAAAAAGCUUUCCGUAAGCCUCCACCGGCGCUUUCGGCGGUUCAUGAUGGUCGCCGGAAUAGUUACGCUGAUGUUCCCAUUCCUCUUGUUGGAUUCAUGUGA